AUGACUCGACGAUGUAUGCAUAGGCAUGGAUUGACACUUUACAUAUGCAGAUUCAAAACUCUUACCCAAAGCUCUAAGUGUACGGCGGCCAUGUUCGUUGAUUCCUGCCAGCAUGACUCGACUCUUUGCGAAACUUACUUGACCACAUUGCUGCAUCCAGAUCACUUCACUUUGCAUCUCGUCUCCCAAGACGGCGAGGGCAUCACAAUUGCUGCCGUGAAAGCCUUUGUUGAUAAGAGAUCGGUGGUUCUGCCGAUACAAUUCUGCUACCAUGGCCAAAGACUCGGCCCGUCCGUCGGCAAGCCGACCCAUUGUCGGCAACCAAUACGCCCUUCGACACUCCGACCUCAUCCUCAACGAAACCUCUCCAGAAUAAGGAAACUUCAUAAGCAUACCAAUACAUCUCCAACUCCGCACCACAUUUGUGAAAAAAAAAAUAACAGCUGGCAACCCAACCCAAUUCCUCCCUCUCACCUCACAAAGAUAAGAGUCCAUAACCCUCACUUCUCCUCUCCUCCUCCAAACCUCUCCCAUCACAUCACCAUCACAAUGAAGUCCUCCACUCUCCUCCAAACCACCCUCUUAUCAGCCGCCACCCUAACCCUCGCCCAAACCCAAACCCAAACCCAAUCCCAACACCCCGAAGGCUGCCAUCCCUACACCUGCCAACCCUUCACCCACGCCUGGAAUCCUCCGCCCACAGACUAUCCCUGGACAUCCUACGAAUCCUACUUGCGAAAACCGAGCUCAUCAACCGUACAAACGGCUACCACGCGCGAUGAUUCGAGAUUCGGACUUCCGGAGGAGAAGAAGAAGAGGGAUGUGAAAGGGCAACAACAGGUUUUGGUUGACGAAGACUUCUUCGAUGAACUUGUGAGGCAGGAAGGUGGGGAGAUGGGGAAGGUUUACCAAGACCCUUGCGACCUUGGUCAUCUAUCUUUUCUUCUAAUCGACUUGGCAACGAUGACGAUCCCGGAUGGCUCUUUGCAGGGAAGCAUGGCAGGCGACAGCGACGAAGCCUUGGCGGAGGAAGUAACUGAUUUGGGAAGUUCUCAAGAAGGAAGCGGCUCAAAAAGAGAUUGUUCUACCAACCGCUUAUAA